CUUUCCAGAAGCGGCGCACGCAAGGCACAGCUCCGCACGCAAGGGGGAGGUGACAGCAGAAGAAACUUUUCAACCCGAUAAAGUUCGCAGGCGCGCUUAGAUUGGCCUCCUCCUCCUUUCUUCCCGCCUCCUCCCUCCAGGAAUCUCCAGAGCACCCUCCCUCCCCUCCUCUCCCCAGUGUUCGUCCCGGCUUGGUUCCGGGCUGGGAGCCAAGGGCCUCGGACGCGGCCAGCGCGGCCCCGCGAUCUCCAGUGGGCGGCGCCACCUGGAGGAGCUUCUACGCGGGAAACCUCGGGGCCAGCUGCGGCGCGCCAGUGCUGGCCUUUGUGUGCCAGGGACGGUCGGGGCCCCGGGGCGGGGGAGCAGCGUCUUUCAGGGAUUCUUGAUCUCGCCGCGCAAGGUGGAGGGAGAACUUUGUGCGGCAAAGGGCCUGAUCUGACGGGCCGAUUUAUGUGCAAGAAUGUCAAGAUAAAAUAAAAAUACAACAACGUGGGAUGCUGUAAGGCAAACCGCUACCACAAGCGAGCUUUCCUCGUUUCCAAACUGACGGGUUUCCUUUCCAGGUUCGGGCGCCCAGGGAUCCCGAGCGGUUUUCUCUUGGGGAAGGAAGCCGAAGUCACCGAGAGGGAAGGGAGGUCGGGCUCUCGGGACGUGGAGCGCGUUCUCACCCAGAGCGCAGAGGGCUGCUCAGGUUCUGUCCCGAGCUCGCGUCCUGGGAAACCGUGCGGCCUCGAUCGGGGCUAAUUGUGAAGAGUGGGUUUCAGGGAAAUGAAAAUUUCAUUCCACGGCUUCCAGGAAAGCUGCCAGCUACUGCGCCAAGGCCGUCGGGGCGAGCCGGGGGCGCCUCGCGUGACAGCCCGCGCGAGGCGACCCCAAUUGGAGUCCUAGAGACUUGGACCUUCCCGACGCGCCCCGCCCCCCGCAAGCCCCGCCCCUGCCAGGUCCGACUACCUCCUCCCCCAACGCAGACCUUAAAAAAGAAGCGGGAUGGCGCGUUUUGACUCUCCCGAGUGACGGUGUACAAACCCGCCACGCUUCUGCGACGCCAGCUGUCAGAGCCGUGCGGGAGGCGUGAGGGCUGGGAAUAGACUCCAUUCAUCGACCCCCAGUCUCAAUUCCCACGCAGUAAGAAAACCCUGACUUUGCCGAGGCCCCAGGUGCAGCUGGGCUCGGCAAAGGAGAUAUCUUUCUCCAUUCCCAUUCCAAUCCAAGCGUCCCUGGCUCUGACGACGCCUAGAGACUGCAGAGUGGGCGCUAAAGCUCCCAGAGCUGGCAACAGGUGUCCAGCGCGGGCCCCCGACUUCCUGGAGACACUCGGGUUACCGUCUUGAACCCCACAAAGAUCUCAGACGGUUCUCGGAGCCGGCGGUCUGGCGCUGCUGGAAACCGCGCCUCUUCGCAGCAUGGCCACCAGCCUCAGCCCGGAGGAUCAUCUGCCGCCGAUCCCUCUGUCUGCCCAUCAGACCACGCUCCUGCUGCUCCUCUCGGUGCUAGCCGCGGUGCACAUGGCCCAGAGGCUGUUGAGGCAGCGGCGGCGGCAGCUGGGGUCCGCGCCCCCGGGUCCUUUCGCAUGGCCUCUGAUCGGAAACGCGGCGUCGAUGGGCCCGGCGCCGCACCUCUCAUUCGCGCGCCUGGCGCGGCGCUACGGCGACGUCUUCCAGAUCCGCCUGGGCAACUGCCCGGUGGUGGUGCUGAACGGUGAGCGCGCCAUCCGCCAGGCCCUGCUGCAGCAGGGCGCCGCCUUUGCCGACCGGCCGCCCUUCGCCUCUUUCCGCGUGGUGUCGGGCGGUCGCAGCCUGGCUUUUGGCCAGUACUCGGAGAGCUGGAAGGCGCAGCGGCGCGCGGCGCACAGCACGAUACGAGCCUUCUCCACGCGCCAGCCGCGCGGCCGCCGGGUCCUCGAGGGCCACGUGCUAGCUGAGGCGCGGGAAUUGGUGGCGCUGCUGGUGCGCGGCAGCUCGGGAGGCGCCUUCCUGGACCCGCGGCAGCUGACCAUAGUGGCCGUGGCCAACGUCAUGAGCGCCGUGUGCUUCGGCUGCCGCUACAGUCACGACGACGCCGAGUUCCGCGAGCUAAUCAGCCACAACGAGGAGUUCGGGCGCACAGUGGGAGCGGGCAGCCUGGUGGACGUACUGCCCUGGCUGCAGCGCUUUCCCAACCCCGUGCGCACCGCCUUCCGCGAAUUCGAAAAGCUCAAUCGCAACUUCAGCAAUUUUGUCCUCGACAAGUUCCUGAGGCACCGCGAAAGCCUUCGGUCCGGGGCCGCUCCCCGCGACAUGAUGGAUGCCUUCAUCCUCUCGGCGGGAAAGGAGGCGGGCUCGGGCACGGACGUGGAGUACGUGCUGGCCAGCAUCACUGACAUCUUCGGCGCCAGCCAGGACACACUCUCCACCGCGCUGCAGUGGCUGCUUAUCCUCUUCAUCAGGUAUCCGGAAGUGCAGAUGCGGGUACAGGCGGAGCUGGACCAAGUGGUGGGUCGGGACCGCCUGCCCUGCCUGGACGACCAGCCCCACCUGCCCUACGUCAUGGCCUUUCUUUAUGAAGCCAUGCGCUUCUCCAGCUUUGUGCCAGUCACCAUCCCUCACGCCACCAAGGCCAGCGCGUCUGUCUUGGGCUACCACAUCCCCAAGGACACAGUGGUUUUUGUUAACCAGUGGUCCGUGAAUCAUGACCCGGUGAAGUGGUCUAACCCAGAAGACUUUGAUCCAGUCCGAUUCUUGGACAAGGAUGGCUACAUCAACAAAGACCUGGCCAGCAGCGUGAUGAUUUUUUCAGUGGGCAAACGGCGGUGCAUCGGGGAAGAGCUUUCCAAGAUGCAGCUGUUUCUCUUCAUCUCCAUCCUGGCUCAUCAGUGCAAUUUCAGGGCCAAUCCAGACGAGCCCCCGAAAAUGGAUUUUAUUUACGGCCUGACCAUUAAACCCAAGUCAUUCAAAAUCAAUGUCACCCUCAGAGAGUCCAUGGAGCUCCUUGAUCGCACUGUGCAAAAGUUACAAGCCGAGGAAGACGGCCACUAAGAAGCCAGAGGCAAGCAGAAAUGUGAUAAGUACUUGGGGGAUGGGGAGUAAAAUUAGCGUGUUUGUUUGUUUUUUUUUUCCUGGCUCCUCAGUUAGCCUCUAAAGUGAGCAUAUACCAACUGACCCGCAGAUAAUGUGCUUCACGCACGUGUCCUCAGAAUGGCACCUCAUGAGUGCUGGGCUGUGCAGAGGCUCUGGGAGAGUUUUGGAGUCAAAGAGUGAAAGGGCCCAAAGAAUUUUUAUACAUAUCUAAUGCUGGUAAUAAUAAUUUGAGGGAGCAUUCUUUGGAGUUAAAAAAAACAUGCGCACACAUACAGAACUACCUGGUUUCAGUAGCCACACUAUGCAGGGUGGGAUCCAAAUUUGAUGUUCUGUGUGCACAAGUCAGCUCCAAGGAAAUUUGUAUUAAGCAAAGUUUCAGAAAAUGUUGUUAAAUGCGCAAAGGCAAAUAAUUUCAGUGUAAGAUAUGUGAUUUGGGGUGAUAAGGGAAAAGGUGAAGACCAGAAAUUCCCUUCUCACCUUUCAAAGAAACAGCUUAGUUAGACGCUAAUAUCUAUGGGUGGAUUUCUCUUUUUGCCCACUGAUAUUCUUUCUCUUACUUUUUGGGUCAUCACAGAGUUAUUUGCUUGAGAAGAAAUUAAUAGUAAUUGAUUUAGUGGGUUUCAGUGAUUUAUGAUGAAUUUUUAAGUGUAAAUUGUUUAAUUGUAAACAAUUCCAAGCUGAAGCCAUACCUCUCUUGGGUGUCAGAGUACAGAAUUUCAAUUAUGAGCAAAAACAAAAACAAAAACAAAAAAUUUCUUACCAGCUCAACUAAGCUUUAAAUUAUAUGAUUGUAAUGUACUGAUUUCAGUAACUCUCAUAGGUUAAAAAAAGUCACCAAAUAGUAUUCAAAGUAUAUACAUAUAUUACAUAAUUAUCCAUAAGCAAUUAUAUAUUAGAUAUUUUAGUAUUAAGUAGUAUUAGUUAUUUUGGUCAAGAAAAAGUUGAACAAUGUCUUUUAUAAUGUCAUAGCAAAUAAAAAAUACAACCAAUUUAGCCAGUUUUGGUUCAAAUACAUGAUAGGAGAUUGAUUAAAUCAGCCACUUAUUUUUUGACAUCAUGGAAACCGAGUUGAAGCAAAGUCUCUUCUCUCAUUCAAAACUUGGAUGAGAAUUGAAAAAAAUCUCAAAAUUGGAUCUGUAAAAUGUGUUCCUUAUCACUUGACAACAUAUAUAUUAAAAUUAUAUUCACAAUACAGAA